AUGUCCGUCUCCGUCAACCCUCGACGAAGGACUCCGGUGACUCGCCCGGAGUCUCCUGCCGGCCUUAGCCUUAAGACCAACAUGACCCUUCGCAAGGGUGCUACCUUCCACUCUCCCACCAGCCCUACCUCUUCAACAGACGAUGCCUUGGCCUCCCCUCCUAGCCUUCGACGCUCCCAGACAAACCUGGACGACGUCGUUGAUGCCCACUGCCGUCGCGCCGCGUUGAUGAUCGACGACAUUGAGAACUCUCUCUCCAACAUCACCAUCGUCUCGCCCAAGGCCAGGUCUUUCCGUGACGACAGCCUUCCCGUUCCCAGAGGCUUCCUCAACCUUCCCGUUGUCGACCCCGCCAUGGCCAAGGAGAAGUCAAAGGAAGCGGAACGCCGCAUUCUGCGUCCCAGAACCCGCCGCUCCUCGAGACAUCAUGAAUCAGACAGCGGACUCGGCACCUCUGUCGCCCCUACCACCGAGACAGAGCCUGCGACCACCGCAUCAAAGAAGGCCUCUGCCAUUACUAGGUCCGCUGCUGCCACCUCUUCAUCCACCAAGGAGAACCUUCGCGGCCUCAGCCAAAAGGCUGCCAACCGCAUCACAGAGCACAUUCUGCGCCCUCUUCGGGCCAAGCCUGCCCUGAAGGACUUUGAGCCCAUUGUUCUCGAUGUUCCUAGACUCAUUAGAGAUAAGGAGAUCAUCUGUCUGAGAGAUCUCGAAAAGACUUUGAUUUUCAUGGCACCGGGGAGGUCCAAGACUGCCGCCUUGUACCUCGACUUCUGCCUGACGUCGAUCCGCUGCAUUCAAGCCACCGUGGAAUACCUCAGCGACCGAGAACAGACUCGACCCAACGACCGACCUUACACUAACGGGUAUUUUAUCGAUCUUGUCGAACAGCUUCACCAGUACGCAGGCCAACUCGCUGCCGCCAAGGAAAAGGGAGACGUUGAGAUCUCCACCGACGAAAUCAAGCUUUACGGUGGCAUCACCGAGAACGGACGCCCUGCUGAGCUCGUCCGCGUUCGUAAGGACGGUAAGGCCAUCUCCAUGGCUACUGGUCUGGAGGUCGACCUGGACGACUCCGCACCCAUCAAGAUGAAGCGCUCCAUGAGCCAGCAGCUGGAGGACGAGGAGGAGAUCAUGCGCUCCAUGGCCCGCCGCAAGAAGAACGCCAGCCCCGAGGAGCUCGCCCCCAAGAAGUGCCGCGAGCCUGGCUGCAACAAGGAGUUCAAGCGCCCAUGCGACUUGACCAAGCACGAGAAGACUCACUCGCGUCCUUGGAAGUGCCCUGUUCCCACCUGCAAGUACCACGAGUACGGCUGGCCGACUGAGAAGGAGAUGGACCGCCACCACAACGACAAGCACUCUUCGGCUCCUCCCAUGUACGAGUGCUUGUACAAGCCUUGCCCUUACAAGUCGAAGCGCGAGUCCAACUGCAAGCAGCACAUGGAGAAGGCUCAUGGCUGGACCUACGUCCGCACCAAGACCAAUGGCAAGAAGGACAGCAAGGCCGGCAGCGUAACCCACGCCACUCCCCAGCUUCACCACAUGCCUACCCCCUCCACCAGCAGUGCUGCCACUCCUCCGCCAAUGGACCAGGCCCAGCACUUCAACUUCAACGACCCCAUGCUGCCCCUGCACCCCAUCGGCCCCGUUGGCGACUUCGCUUCCCACAUUGACGGCAUGGAAUUCCCCUCGUACAUUUCCGAUGAAGAGUUUGAGCAGGUCAUAGGCGUCCAGCAGCCGUUCGACAACCAAGUGGACCUCGAGAUGUCCCUGUCCCCGUCCGACCACAAUACUCCCAACACCGACAUCUCUCUUGGCCCGUACUCGUACCAAGACGGUCCGGAGUUUAUUGUGGAAGACGACAUCUACGCUGCGCAUGCUUCGCUUCCCACUCCUGACCGCGCCGUGUUUGCCGACAAGCAGAUGAACAUGGCUUUCCCCAUCUACCAGCCUGUACCCGCCUGCCAGCCGCAGAUGAUGCCGGCUCAGCCCGCUCCUCACAUCUCCCCCAUCGGCCAGGGCAAUGCUAUGCUCUUCACACCUAACUCGCUGGCUGAGGUCGACGAGAGCUUCGAUGACAACUUUGGCAACGCCGGUGACAACUUCUGCGGCAACGACUUUCAGUUGUUCCCGUCCAACAAUGCCACUAAGACCUUCGAGCCUCUGUUUGGCGAGGUACCGAGCGCCGGUCUGGGUUACUCCCAAAAUUCCCAAGACCCCUUCCAGUCACUAGACUGGAAUAACAUCGACUACACAAACUUCCCGAGCCAGUAA